AUGAUUGCCUUCACUGCUCAGUUUUCUCCGUCCUCGUCAGGAUUCGUCGCCGUUACUAACUCAUCUCAAGUUGUUGCCCUUCCUCUACUCGCUCCUUCCAUUUGCUCAUUCCACUCAUUCCACCCCAAUCCCCACUCUGCACCACUCAAGUCUACUAAGGAAGAACAACGAGCUAUUUCUCUCGACGUAUUUUUAGAUGCCAAUCAGUUCUCCUUGAUUGUGUCCAAGAAACAUCGAAGCAUUGUCAACGGCGUACUCUUCCCGGAGCUUCAAGAAGAUGUCGAGGAAAGUAGUUGGAAGUGCUUUGGAAACAACCAGGAUUGUAAUAAAGAUGCUGUUCAAGUCAAGGAGAAACCGAAGUCCCAGAAGGAAAAUGUUGAUAAGGAUAAGAAGGAAAAGGAUCCAGUUGUUAAAUUGACAAUCUACACUCCAUCGUCUAUCUCCACGCGGCACUUCAAGAUUUACCCCUCGAAGACUGAUGAAAAAACUGCACAUUGCUCCAAGGAUCAAAAGGAAACUGCUGCCACUGCACCUCCAUUCCUCCCGUUUUGUAUUGACACUUCCAUCCCCCCACCAUCGCUCCUCACACCACCAACUUCUGGACCUUCUUCGCCAUCCCCUACCGCCGAGAAACCAGCAUUCGUUUUUAAUAUGGGUGUCGUCAAUGCACCGAAGCCAGGAGUCAAGACUGCCAAGAAGAAAUUGACGGAAAAUGGAGACUUAUUCGAGAUGUAUGUCGACACCAGCAAGCCAAAGAAGGUUAAGAUCUUCUCACCAGAAGAGAUCAAGAAACAAUCAAGCCUGGUUGACGAAUGGAAGCGAAGGAUUCAGGAUUCCCUUUAA